AUGCUAAGGGAAUACCCGAGUGGAUAUGGAAGGCAAUUUGCCGCUUCAAUGAAAAGCCUCAUCAAAGAAAAAGGAUCUCCUCGCUACCCAUCUCCGGUUCCCGACCUUGACUUUCUGAAGCCGGCGGAUUUGCCCCCAACGACUGCCAUCCAGGACCUGUGGCAUGAUGCCAAAAUGGUUGAGGUGCUGCAGUAUUUGUACGGCAACCAGAACUUAUCUCUUCCUGAUGACUUUAAGAGCCUUUUUCCACCUGAGCUAUGGGCGUGGGCCUAG